AUGGACGCGAAGCGCCAAGCGCCUUGGUCCGACGUGCGAUCCGAUGCGAUAAGCGAACACCAUGUUCCAAUUGUCGCAGCUCCAGCAUUGCAUGCCGAUCAACAGGCGAAGGCCAGAAGCCAACAGAGCCCAGACGACGAUGAGAAAAAGAUCGACUUGAUCGAAGAACGUCUGGGGAAUAUCGAGAGAUCUCUUCAGGAGUUAGUUAGGAAUACAUCUCAACCACAGAGUCUUGCUGCGCCGCAACAACGGGAGUCGUAUUAUACUCCUUCUCCGCAAAAUUCAACUCAGUCACAGUCAACAGCUCAGAACAGCGGAAAGUCCAAGCUCCCUCUUUACACAACCAACCCUACACUCGAGCAACAUGAUUCAAGCUCUGGGUUUGAGGGUAGCUCGUCUCUUGCUGCACAUGGGGCAUAUGCGAGCGCGUUCCUUGAGUCGGCUGUUUCGAAGAGCUCGCCGCAGGUUCUGUCCAGUCCAAAGAUUAACGCUGCUCUGUCAUCAUUGAAGCAGAUUGUCAGUAUCCAAAACCAGCGCCGAGAGGCCGAUAUGCAGGGGGAUCAAGCUUCUACCAAGAGAGCGAGGCUAGGUGUGAGGUGUGAUAUUCGUGACCUGGAGAUGCCACCCUUGCCAUUGGUUCUAAGGAUGCUACGGCAGAUCAAAGAGAAUCCACCUGCCUGCUUUGGUGGUUAUGUCCCUUUCCUCCGCGUGGAUUAUUUUACCGAAAAGUGCCGCGAAGUGUAUUUCUGUACAGAUGAUUACUCGGAUGCGGCAUUUGUUAUAUCCAACUUUGGUAUAUACAGCAUCUUCUACGAACUCGGUAGCACAGAUCCGGACCCUAAUUUGCGAGAGGAGUAUCUGAGCUACAUCGAGACGUGCCGCAACAAUUUGGAGACAGCGCUUGCUAAUUUGAAUAUCCUGAUGCCGGCAACGCAGGAGUCAAUCAAGGCGUUAGCCGUAGGUGCUAUGCACGCACUGGAGAUCUCGAAACCAUCUGUCGGCUGGACCCUAGCGUCAACAGCCAUGCAUUUAUGCCAAACACUUGGAUAUCACCGAUUCUCAUCAAUGGAGCAUGAUCCACCACCAAUCCAAAGACAAAAGCAAGUUCUCUUCUGGUCCGUCUAUACAGUACUGAACAUGAUGUCUCUGCGCCUGGGGCGCGCCUCCUCCAUUCAAAACUACGACAUCAGCCUUCCAGCACCAGUUGUCAACCCCGAUAUCCCCAGCCCGUGGGGUGGCGUCUGUGUAUGGUGGACCAGAUCGGCCAUCAUCCAGAGUAACGUCUAUCGACUACUAUAUAGCCCAGAGGCGCUGCAGCAACCAGAAAGUGACCGAGUCGCACAUGCAUACCGACUAGCUGCUGAGAUGCAGGAGACUGUUAUGGAGCCUUUUGAGAUUUUCAUGUCAUCUGGUCUCAAAAUUUCCGAUAUCGAUCUCAUAUACCUCCAAACCGACAAGAUUAGCCGCCUGUCUAUCCUAACUCUGAUAUACCGAGCAAUUCCCGCGUCAGAUGGACCCGGUCCCGGCACUACCUUCAUACCAGAAUGUAUCAAGACAGCCCGGGAAGCAUUAGAAACCCAUCGGCAAUGCGUCGCCACUCUCAACGAGACGCCCGAUUUCAUGAAAAUCUCUUACAUGCACUGGGCCGUCCUCCUCUCCCCUUUCGUCCCAUUCAUAGUAAUAUUAUGCAACGUAAUAGCAACCUCCAACCAAGCCGAUCUCACCCAACUAGAAGAUUUCAUCGCCUCCCUACGCCCCCUCUGCUCAUACUCGCCGUCAAUUGAUAGACUACACACCCUCUGUUCGGUCCUCGGCACCGUCGCCCGCCUCUACUUCGAAGCGAAUACCCGUCAAUCAAACGAAGACCUGAGUCUUGCGGAGGUUGGGCAGGAAUUUGAUGUUUAUUUAAGUGCUCUGGGUCUUGCACCUACUAAUACUAUGAGUGGCAGUGGAGUGGGGAGUGGGAGUGGUAAUGUUCAGGCGGAGAGUUCGAGUUCGAAUUCGAACUCGCAGGGGUAUUUCCAGGCGGAUAUUCCUUCUGUGCAUGUUAGUUCUGCUGAGGUGCCGCAACAGUCGCAGCAGGGGCAUCAGACCGGGUUCCCGUAUCAUAAUCAGGGCCAUGAGCCUGCUACGGCAGAGAUGGCGCAGGCCGCUCAGUUGGGGAAUUGGUUUUGGGGAAAUCAGUACAUGAUGGGGCUUUUAGAAGAGGAUUUAUCACAGUUCAAUCCUGGUUGGUGA